AGUACUUUCUCUUUUUUUGUUGAAUAUAGUCCGGGGAAAGUAUUACAUAGUUACAUUUAGUAAUACUAUCUUAUAUCAUUUUUUUUGUUGAAUAUACUAUUUUAUAAGUAAGCUAGCAUUAUGCAUUUUUUAUUUAAUUCAUGAGGUCAUUUUCUCACAGCAGAGAACCUUUUGGAAUGGCGCAGGGAGGAAAUUUCUCAGGAAUAUACAUGAAGGUUCAACUGAAGCCGCUGAAGUGGGAUGGUGAAGGCGAAGAAGAAAGACCUGUAGAGGCCCUUAUGAUUCUUAAAUACGGCGGUGUUCUAACUCAUGCUUGUAGAAAACAUGUGUUUACAUACUCUACCAUUUAAUUUGUCAUUGUUAUAUAUAUAUAUAUAUAUAUAUAUGUUUUCCAAAUAUGGAAGAAUUGUUUAACUUAUUGAUGUUUGCUUCAUCUGCAUGCAGACAGAAGAGCUUGGUAGAUAUAAUUUUUUGUAGGUUUCUAAUUGAAUUUGCUUUCUUUAUCGAGAAAUGUACUUCAUAAUUUAUAUUUUUUAUGGAUAAUAUUUUGAUUUUUAUUAUAUUUUCUUUUAAUAUAUCUACAUAAAUGUUUGUUUAUUAUUUAUGGAAAAAUAAUAUUAUUCACCUAAAAUAAAGAAUUAUGACACAUAUACAAUACAAUUCUAAUUAAUGAUAAUAUAAAAUCUGUUACUUAUAAAACUAUACACUCUUUAUUCCAUUUUUUGAAUGAAAGUAUCUUCGUAAACACAUAAAAUAUUUUGUGACGUUGCAAUUAUACAUACACACAAUAUCUGCCUCUUCAUACUGACGUUAUUGUAUUCCCUCUCGUGAGGUGCAGACCGAAAAGGAACACAGGGUGCGGGCCGGUCAUGUUCUUAUGCCCGCACAGGUUGCAGACCGGUCACCUAGUAACCUGGUUUAAUCAAACAGGCUUUGAUUCCUUUAAUUAAUUAUUAACCUUUAAAAACAAAUGUAUAUACCCAUGUUUAUUUAUUGUGUAGUGUGUGUCUGGUCUGCUGCAGACCUAAUUAUACAAAUAGAUACAAAUAGACCAAAGCUAUAAUCAACGCUGUCAUCACCUCUUCUCCAGCUUGUCGCUAGAAACUCUCCUAAAAAUUAUCACCUCCUCUUCUGAUAUUUGUCCUCAAAUCAGCAUUAUUUAUCUCCAAUGGGGUUAUUAACUGUAACCGACACUACCUUACCCAACCAGGAAGAGACCGUGACAGAGUCAACAGAGUUCGAGAGGAAUCAAAAACGGUACCAAGAACUCAUCGCUACCUUUCCUCACGAGAAAGGCUGGAGACCAAAAAAUCCCUUGAUCCAGUACGGUGGUCACUGGCUAAUGCAGCCUCGCGCUGAAGGAUGCAUGUACGCGCAAGAGUUCUUCCAAGCACGACCUAGUGACUUACUCCUCUGUAGCUACCCAAAGACAGGUACCACUUGGCUCAAAGCCCUCACUUUUGCUAUCCGCAACCGAUCUCAUUUCAACGAUUCCACAAACCCUCUCUUAAAACGUAAUCCUCACGAGCUUGUUCCUUAUAUUGAGAUCGAAUUCGCUUUCUUCCCUCACAUUGAUGUUAUCAAUAACAAAGAGAACACUCUGUUUGCCACUCAUCUCCCGCACGGAUUAUUACCCGAGUCGGUUUCAAGAUCUAGUUGUAAAAUGGUUUACAUCUGGAGAGACCCUAAAGACACUUUCAUCUCCAUGUGGAUUUUCUAUAAGAAGCAAAAGACACAGGAUGGCCCUCUCAAUAGUCUUGAGGAGUCUUUUGAUAUGUUCUGUCGAGGUUUAUCUAGCAACGGUCCUUAUCUAGAUCAUGUCUUGACGUACUGGAAAGCUUACCAAGAGAAUCCAGAUCAAAUCUUUUUCCUCAAGUAUGAGAAGAUGAGAGCUGAUCCUUUGCUGUAUGUGAAGAGACUGGCUGAGUUUAUGGGUUAUGGAUUCACAGCUGAGGAAGAGAAGGAAGGGAUUGUUGAUAAAGUUGUGAAUCUUUGUAGUUUCGAUACGUUGAAGAAUCUUGAACCCAACCAAGGGGAGAAGAAUAUGGAGAACCGUCCUUCUAGUUUUGCGAAUAGUGCGUUUUUUAGGAAGGGUGAGAUCGGAGAUUGGCAAAACUACCUGACUCGGGAGAUGGCAGCUCGAAUCGAUGGAUUGAUGGUAGAGAAAUUGAAGGGCUCCGGUUUGCUUGAAUGGUAAGUAACCGGUUCUUGUUCCGAGUGGUGAUGAUGGGAUCCAUUAUAUGUUUCUUAUACAACAGAAGUUGGCUCCUUUUUCAUUUUAAUUCCACGUGUUAAGUUAAGAAUAAAUCUUGUUUCUCGUUUUGAUUCGCUAUGUGUGAAUCUGAAUUUGCUGCUUAGAUUGUCCUCAACCUUCCGCUUUGAUAAUGCUUAUUCCUUUUGUUGGUGUAUCCCUGUAUGCUUUUUUUAUAGACUCUUAAUUUUACGAGUCAGGGUUUUUAGACCAUCUGCAACGGGGGAUUAUAAUGAAUCCUUAACACAUACUCCUAAGCAGUUAGGAUUAGAAUAAUAAUAUAACACCUAAAUAAGCUAAGGAGGAGUCCGUAAUUAAGGAUUAAAAUCAGUCGGUCCUUGUUGACGUGGAAUCUCCGUUCAAGCCUGACGUCUUCAAAGGCAAGGUAGCUCUCAUCACCGGAGGCGGAUCCAGAAUCAGUUUCGAGAUCUCUUCUCAGUUCGGCAAACAUGGAGCUACCGUCGCCAUCAUGGGACGCAGGAAACAAGUCCUCGACGCCGCCGUCUCUGAUUUCCGAUCUCUCGGGAUUCAGAUGUAAAAAGCCUAUUUUCACCGCAUCUCAACUUGAGCAAAUAGCUGAAAUCCUUGUUUGGCUGCUCUUAGAUCGUGGUCUUCAAGGUCUCUCGCUUCUCCUACAAGAGAGCUUGAUAUCUGUUAAUGAAUCCUUCAAAGAGGAAGAAUGGGUUUCAAGCUGCAAAAACAUAGCAAACUCUCUUGCUUCCAGAGUGCCUCGAGACAUGAACUGUUUGAGGAUAGUGGAAUCCGUAGCAGGUGUUGAUGCUCGAAGCAAGCAUUUGAGAAGUACCAUCGCUAAUCAAAUGCUUGUUGUUUUACUUGAACAUAAGGAGAGCGACGAGAAUUUGAUGAGCUCGCUCUGAUGUCUAUCAAUCUGAAGGAGAAGAGUUGCAACCUCUUCAGAAAGUACAUGAUGUUGGUUUUGUCAGAGAACUGGCUAUUGUCAAGUAAGUUGGUUGAGGAAAAGCCAGUACUGAGAGACAUGUGGGCUGUGUUUCUCAGAAACUGUUUUUGUCAGAUCAAUAGCACCGAUCUUCGGCCUUUUGCAUCAAAAGUUCGUACCAAAGCGUCAUAUCUUCUUCAAGGAUGCAGAAGCGAUUGAAGUGGUAAACCUGAAACGUUAGCAGCUAGUCUCCAAAGUGAAAUUUAGUUAUAAAUAAAAUUUUAAAUUUUUCAUGUUUUUUAAUUUAAUUUUUUUUAAGCUAAAGACUCCAAAUAGGAAAACACCAUUGGACAUACUAUUUUGAUUAGAAUC